AUGAAAGCUUUACACAAAGAGUUGUGCAAGAAACUAGAGGUAGGAAUGUCAUUGCAAAAGGUUGCUAGGGCAAAGUCAAUGGUUGAACGUAUCAUUAGUAGGGACUACCAAGUACAAUAUGGAUUUUUGAGGGAUUAUGUGUUGGAGCUACUCAACACUAAUCCUGGUACAACAGUUCGGAUUGAUGUGUAUCCAGAAACCUCCCUGUCUAUUACCACAAGAACUUUUAGAAGAAUAUAUGUAUGUUUGGGUGCAUUGAAGUUAGGAUUCAAAUCUGGGUUAAGAGAUUUUCUAGGUCUGGAUGUGGUAGAGACAAAAUCAACAAGUAGUUGGACCUGGUUCUUGGAACUGUUAGGAGAAGAUCUGGAUCUAGGAGCAAAUUCAAACUUUACAUUCAUUUUUGAUAGACAAAAAGGAAUAAUACCAACAAUGGAGAAGGUAUUCCCUAGUGCAAAACACAGGUUCUAUUUGAGGCAUAUCCAGGAAAACAUGAAGAAACAGUGGAAAGGAAAAGACUUAAGUGACCAGCUUUGGGGGUGUGGUAGAGCAACAACAGUCAAUCAUUUUAACAGAGUAAUGGAUGAGUUGAAGAAGAUCAAUGAAGAGGCUCAUGCUUGGGUGUGUAAGAUCCCAGCAAACACUUGGGCUAAAUCUCACUUUAGUGGAAGGGCACAUACUGACUGUUUGUUGAAUAACCUUUGUGAGGUAUUCAAUUCUAAGCUAGAUGAAGGUUGGGAUAAACCUUUUAUCAGUUGCUUAGAGUAUAUUAGAGUGUAUCUCAUGAAAAGGUUAUGUGUGGUGCAAAAGGAAAUAGAUAAGUGUGAAGGACUUCUAUCCCCUACUGCAACUACAGUGUUUGAAAAGAUUAAGACUGAUGCAGCUAAGUAUGUGGCUAAAUAUAAUGGGGCAGGAAAAUAUGUUGUUUGUGCUAUAUGGGACAAAAUUGAAAAUGGUGAAAAUGCCCCACAUGUUGAUGAAUGGGUCCAUCCUUGCUCUAGGUUAUUAACAUGGAAAGCCAUGUAUUUCAACAAAAUUGAUCCAUUGAAUGGACGUUCAAUGUGGCCUAAAAUUUAUUGCACAUUCACUUUACUUCUACCAAAAUAUAAAACACAGGUUGGAAGGCCUAAGAAGAAGAAAAGGAAGGGUGUUGAUGAGCCAGACAACUAA